AUGGCAUCAUCAGGUUCCAAAUCUUUCCAGGACCUCCAAAAGGAAUUCCUGGAAAGCGAAGCCAGACGUCCCGCGAACGGCACCCUUCAUUAUUAUCGGCAACAAAACCAAGCCAUCACUACACGCCUGAGCCAGGCUCUCGACAAGUUGAGCGAGUACGACGAGCGCAUUAAGGAGGGCCAAGCCAAAGAGCUCGAGCUCAUUGAUGCCAACGGGCGCAUCCAGUUGCUGGAAGAAAACUUCAAAGAGGUCAUUCGUCACAUCGAUCCGAUGGUCAGGUGGGAGUCGAUGAAUAAGGCUGUGCAGGACUUCGUAACUGGGGUUCUUCGCGACAACCCGUCAGCCGACGACGGACACGCAGCCGCGAGUCGUCGUGAUCCAGAUCUGGGACGAUUCGUCCGCGUCAUGUUGACCAAGACUUCGGAAUACGAGCAUCUUCUUGAACAACAAAAUGUCGAGAUCGCGAAUUUGAAGCUGCAGCACGGUCGAGUCAAGCCCAGGACCACGGAAAUCAUCGAAACCAGGGACUACAAAGACGCAUUUGAUCGAAUGCACAACAUGGGCUUCGUGAUGCAAUCUGUAUUCGAGUACGCCUACAAGGGCUUCCACCACCGAGAAAACGUCAGUCCGGAGGAAGAAAACUACAUGAAAUAUCUCUGCACACUGUACGCGCGUAUCGCACAGGUCAUAGAGUUGGGCUGGAAAGAUGACAAAAAGAAGAACCUGGGAGAACGCCCUUUGCGAUCCGACUUUCACACCAACCAUAUUGAGUUCAACGGAGAGGACGGUAUGUAUUUGACGACGGUGAUCGGGGUAGCGCAGGAGGUAAAGGACGAUGAAAGAUGCGUAGACACUUGGAAGAACCCGCAUGGUAUCACGGCAGGUCUGGAGGAAUUGAUGAAGGCCGCGCAGCUGUAG